AUGCUAUCUCUAGCAUUAUCAACAUACCAGCAGCCGACACAGCUGGCCUUCUCGAACACUUUAAGCAGUGAUUAUCUUUUCUUGAAGGAACACGGCAUUGACAGUGAUACAUCUGACUGCAUCUUCGACGACUUUAUCGACGACACCCCUAUCUCACAAGAGCAUGUUCCCUUUUUUGACCCGUACAAUGACACUCAGACAGACGAGUCAAAACAUAGAAGGCUCAAUCUUACAGAGGAGAACAAACAGAAGGAGAGAGAUAGACAGAAACAGAGAAGACUGAAUAAGACGCUGACAGAGGAAGAAAAACAAAAGAAAAGAGACAAGGCCAAACAGGAUAGACUGAACAAGACGCUGACAGAGGAAGAAAAACAAAAGAAAAGAGACAAGGCCAAACAGGAUAGACUGAACAAGACGCUGACAGAGGAAGAAAAACAAAAGAAAAGAGACAAGGCCAAACAGGAUAGACUGAACAAGACGCUGACAGAGGAAGAAAAACAAAAGAAAAGAGACAAGGCCAAACAGGAUAGACUGAACAAGACGCUAACAGAGGAAGAAAAACAAAAGAAAAGAGACAAGGACAAACAGGACAGACUGAACAAGACGCUGACAGAGGAGGAAAAACAAAAGAAAAGAGACAAGGCCAAACAGGAUAGACUGAACAAGACGCUGACAGAGGAAGAUAAACAAAAGAAAAGAGACAAGGCCAAACAGGAUAGACUGAACAAGACGCUGACAGAGGAGGAAAAACAAAAGAAAAGAGACAAGAACAAACAGGAUAGACUGAACAAGACGCUGACAGAGGAGGAAAAACAAAAGAAAAGGGACAAGGCUAAACAGUACAGACUGAAUAUGACAGAGGAAGACAAACAGAAAGAGAGGGAUAGACUAAAGCAAAGCCACAACUCCUACAACAUCACUGCCCUCUCCCAGACUUACACAGUCUGCAGAAUCUACUAA